AUGUCAAAACCAACCACUGCGUCUACGGACCCACCACCUACUGGUCCAACGGUGGUGGCAGUUCCUGUCAGCACCAGCACCUACGGGUUCUCCGAGAGGAGAUUCACAGAGACCUAUGGAGAAAAGGCUAUUCGGAAAUGUAAAGAGAACCCCAUUGUUCCGAUAGGUGCUCUCGCAACAACCACAGCUCUCAUCAUGGCCUCCACCAAACUCCGCCGUCAAGGCGCAGGUGCAGGCACAGGCGCAAACCUCGACCCAACCCGCGCCUCCAAACAAUUCCAAUUCUGGCUUCGCGCCCGUGUAGUCUUUCAAGCCCUCACGAUCUUAGCUGUCUGUGGAAGCGCUUACGUGUUUGGUCAGUCGAAUUUGGAGGAGAAUCAGAGGGCGUUGGAGGUUCAUAGGGAGAUGGUGAAUUCAAAGGCGGAGAGGGAGAGGAGGGAGUUUGAUGAGAGGAUGAGGGAGGCGGAGAGGGUGCAGGAGGAGGAGGAGGAGUUGGGACGUGUGCUUGCGAGGAGGAGGUUGGAGAGGGAGGGGGCUGGGUCGGUGGGGGUCGGGUCGGGAUGGUGGCCUUGGCGGUCGACUUCGACUCCCAAACUGGAAGUUGUAUCGAAACUCAAAACUGAACGUGAAGUUGCGCCUUGUGUACUACCACCGUCACCACCUUCACCGGAAUACCGUUCGUGGCGGAGUUGGUUAGGUGGGACACAGUCCAAAGCGGACCCUUCUCAUUCGGGAAAGAAGGAGUGA